CACGCUUUAAAUUUCAUUACCAAACUACGAUGUAUAUUGUGGCAUAGCCAGAGCUUUUAUCGGAUUGAGCCGAUUUAAAAAAAUAGAAAACCUUUACACAAUUUUCGAAUUAUGAAAAUCUUACAACAUGUUAUUUGAGCACAUUUUAUGAUUUUAUGUACGCCAUAAAUACUUCUAUUUUUUCUAUUGCACUUUUAAAUUUUACCUCUUUCUCUCCCAAUUCUUUCCCUCUAUGUUCCCUAUAUCUUCUCUUUUUACUUGCCGUUCACUCUCCCACUCUUUCCCCACCUCCUUUUCACUUACCAUUCUCUCUCCACACUCACUCUUCUCUCUUCCAUCUUCACCACCUUCAAUUGUCACCGUCUUACAUCGUUUCCAUCACCAUCUUCAUAUCUUUAAUCUUUAUCAUCUUCACCAUCUUUAUCAUCAUACAAUCUUACAUCUUCACCACUUCAUCUUCCAUUUUCCAGAUUUGCCGGAGAUGGUCGC